GUUCUUUCCUCUUCGAUAUUUUAAUGUUUUUCUUCCGCAUCUCACGUGAGCCUACUAAUAUGUUCAUUGGAUAAAAGAUACCUUGGUAAUUACGAAUUAUAGGAACGGUAAACCAAAAAGGGGGGGUAAGGGGGAAAGAUGGCACCAACCAAAUAUCACCGGUUCCGCGACGGUCAGCGUUGCGACGAGUGCGGGGCGCGGCAGUGGUACGCGCAGGACGCGAUCCGAUACUGCCGUAACGGGCACCGACUUGAAGGGUUCGCGGAGCACGAGGCGGACGAGGACGCCUUCGGGACUCAGGGAAAAGUCUCGCGACGCAAGAAGGAGCCGCGCAAAAAGGUGGCCGUCAAGCUCACCGGCGACGAGGGCAGGGAGCUGUACCUCGAGGCCCUGCAGCUGAUCUUGCUCCGCCUGGUCCAGCGCCUCGUGCGGGAGAAGCAGUUUCCUGAGGAUUUCGAGGAGAUCGUCCGCGCGCUCUGGGCUCUAAGAGUGCGGAACUUGCCGCUUAGGGAGAGCGGGGGUCCGAGGAAGAAGGGGGGGUCCGAUGGAUAUGCUUCGAGCGCGGCGCUAAGUUCCCAGAGCGAGGGGGGCUUCGGGAGUUCGUCUGAUUUCGACCUCUCGGAUGCGACGACGGCGCCUUGGGCCCCGAGGGCGGGUAGACGCUGGCGUCUGCCGAAGCUGGUGGAUACGUUGGCGUUGUGCUAUUUGGGCUGUUUGGUACGACGGUUACCGGCUACGAUGGCCGACUUUUGCGGCUGGGCACAGAAAGGAGAGUUGGAUUAUCUUGCGGCGCUCAACAGCAUCCCUCGUAAUGUUCGAGACCGUCUUCCGGCGGAUUAUCACAGGGCCUUGCAGGUUAGGGAUCACAUCCCUCCGGGUCGACUGCAGACAGCUGUGCAAGAGCUCGUUAUAUCCUUCAAGGCCAAUUUUGACACGGUGUUUCCGCCUCUGAAUUAUGUGCCUAUACUGAUCCGGUUCAUAACCGACUUGACUCUGCCUAUCGAACUCUACGUUGCAGUAAAGUGCAUUGCCGAGAUCCUACAAACGGAUUAUGCAUAUCCCACAGAGGGCAGAAAGAUUAGGACAAUGGAGAACCCAGAGAUUCUCUUGAUUGCUCUUGUGGUCGUGUCUACAAAACUACUCUAUCCACUUGACGGCGUAGAGAGGGCGCCGCGAAGCCGCGAAGAUCCGCGAAGCAUGAAGGUUGACUGGACAAGAUGGCAAGAAAUUAUGCAAAAAGAUACGAACGAGUCAUCGGCCAAUCUACUGAACGGAGAAGAAUACAAGGUCACCUCCGACGAUGUGCUCACCAUGGACGGGGCGAAGCUGGAUGAUUUCAUGGACUGGUUCGAGAAGAUGUGGAUAGACGAUCAUGACCCAAAAACAGCUGAGCGAAUCCGAGAGCCAUUCGAGAAUCAACAACGAUCUUCCGAACGAAGUAAUCAAAGGGAACAAUCAAACGAGGACGGAAGCAGGGAUAUGGUCCGGCAUAGAUAUGCGGCGUUGAACAGUUCGAUGAAGGUCAUCGAGCCUGUGUCCAAUCCCGAAGAUGUAGAUGAGGAGGACAGGGAGGAUAAGGAGGACAAGGAGGACAAGAAACCAACUCGAGACUGUUGUCUAGUCUGGCGGACCGAGGAAGACCUGCCGGAUGCUGCCAAGGCAUUCUAUAGUAAAGCGGCAGCCCUUGCGGCUAUACCGUUGAGUACAUUGAUGAGAGGUGCUACGCAGGUCGAAAGACGAUUAGAGUUAUGGUGUAUUCAACAGGCAAGGCAUACGCAGGAUAAGGGGAAGGGGAAGGAGAUUGUUAUUAGAUGAUGAUGAUGAUUCAGAUAGUCAAUAUGACGGUUAGAGAAGUACGGAGUAUGGAUAGUUAGAUAUUCAGUCAAUUAGCCUGACUAUCCAGAUAAUGAUACAGUACGUAAGUAGUAGUGUACUCACUGUACUGCGCUAAUAAAUAUGGGUCACAUACUGCCUACUACAGUGCCUAGGGUACUUAGCGUAAACCAUAAAACCC